GGAUGAUGAAAGCAAAUUCCAGCCAGGAGACCAGAAGGAAGAAGAAAGUCACAUGGAGAGCGUAUGAAUAGCCUGAUGAUCUUCCACACAUAGGAAUGAAGGAAACAGACAGCAACUGACCAUGUGGAACAAUCUGGUGAUUCUUUUCUGGUUUUCAGCUGUAAUUAUCAAGGCCAUCCCGCCAGUAUGUGACUUACUGAGCGUCCUGAAAAAGGAAGAAGAACUUUGUGUUGAGGCUCUGGCUCAAGAGGAAAAGAACAGAACAUCUGAAAAUGACCAGUUUAUGAGUUCAGGUAGAUGUGCUGGAAUGUGGGAUAACAUGAACUGCUGGCCAUCUUCUUCAGUUGGACAGACUGUCAAUGCUCAUUGUCCAGAAUUCUUCCAGAUGCUUACUGGGAAAAAAGGUUUUGUGUAUCGAAACUGCACCAGUGAAGGUUGGUCAGAAACCUUCCCGAGACCCGAUGUGGCUUGUGGCUAUGAUGUGAACGACACUGCCAAUGAAGAGAGACGUGUCUACUUCCUGAAGCUGAAGACUAUGUACACAGUUGGAUACAGCACCUCCCUUGGGACUCUGACAAUAGCCUUAGGAAUCCUGGCCGCAUUUAGAAGACUCCGUUGUACGAGGAACUACAUCCACAUGCAUCUAUUUACAUCCUUCAUUUUCCGAGCCUUGUCAAACUUAAUCAAAGACGCCAUCUUAUUUUCUUCUGAGGACGUUAACUACUGCGGGGCACACAAGAUUGGGUGUAAACUCGUCAUGAUCUUCUUUCAGUACUGCAUCCUGGCGAACUACAGUUGGCUUCUUGUGGAGGGACUGUAUCUCCAUACCCUUCUGGUUGUUUCUUUCUUCUCGGAAAGGAAAUACUUCUGGUGGUUCAUCGCCCUGGGAUGGGGUGCCCCAGCCAUAUUUGUUAUAGCAUGGUCCAUCACCAGGCACCUAUGUGAAGAUAAAGGAUGUUGGGACAUUAAUACCAACGCUGCUAUCUGGUGGAUCAUUAGAGGCCCUGUCGUCUUAUCCAUUUUUGUUAAUUUCAUUCUUUUUGUAAAUAUUUUAAGAAUCUUAAUGAGAAAGCUCAGAUCACCAGAAGGAAGGGGAAAUGAUUUCAACCAAUACAAGAGACUUGCAAAAUCAACCCUCCUUCUCAUCCCCCUUUUUGGAAUUCAUUAUAUCAUCUUUGCUUUUUUCCCUGAGGAUGUGAACAGCGGCAUGAUGGAAAUUCAGCUGUUUUUUGAACUAGCACUCGGAUCAUUCCAGGGCUUUAUUGUGGCGGUACUGUACUGUUUUCUCAAUGGUGAGGUUCAAUUGGAAAUUCACAGAAAAUGGAGGCAGUGGCAUUUAAGCCAACAUAUCCACUUGCAUCAGCACCUCAACUCUUCAUCCAGUAACGGAGGAAGUGGUUUCACCCAGGUGAUGCAGAUGAUGAAACCCAGCCCUCAAGAGCAAAAGAGGCAGACUAUCCAGAAGUCAAGUAUAAUUUAGUACAUAAAGUGCAGUUUGGGUCCAAUUCCUUCCUAAGAUAUACAUGGACAACCCCCAUGGGUUGUACCAGGAACUUCCUGAACUACCGGAAAGCAGAACUUGUCCCUUGAUCAACUGUUCUUGCAGCACAUUUGUUUGGCUGUAUCCUGUAUAGUGGCAUUACCACUAUGUUUUUUCUUUUUUGUUUUGAUUUUUUUUGUAAGGAAGUGCUCUCUCCCUCCCCACCCCACUUUCUGGUUCCAUGACAGCUAAAACCAGAUUAUAUGCUACAUUAAUUGUACCCACAUUGCUUUAAGGUACUGAGAAAGCAUCUGGAGCAAAAGCUGCAAGCAUUUGAAGUGAGGUGCUGGGCCAUAUACUAGGAGGGACAAGACUAGAUACACUGAGAAAUGAGGAUAUCUGUAACACUUGACUAUAUUCACUCAAGAGCAUCAAUUACAAUGGAUUAGCCGUGUUGCAACAAGGACUGCCACACCAACUGUUCUCCAUAGAAGAGUGCUCGGUGAGAGGCUGUGGACCUCCAAGGAGAGAGUGGUGCGACAGAGUCCAUAAAACCAUCAAAGAAACUACUGAACAGUCUCAAAUGGCAGCUCAUACCACGCCUAGAUUGAAACUGCUCAGACCCUCAGCCCUACCCACCCUUGACACUGGAAACAGGAGAUGUCAAUGAUGAUUUCCACCUUGUGUGAUGUCAGCCUUGAGUUACCUCUGAAACUGAGCUUUGUCCAAGCCAGACAGUGUGACGAGUCAUCAGAGGCAAUCACCUGCAGGCUUGUGACAGAUUCCAGGACAUUCAACUAGGGCUCUGGCAAGUGAAGAGCAAGGCAGGUGUAUAGGUUCAUAAGAGAAAUGGGCUUGCUAGUGUCGCAACCUGGCAGGGAUCAUUCCCAUUGCCUUGUAGUUCUGUAUUGCCAACCAGGCUGUGGGUGGUCAUGCCUAAUGGUGAUGGCAAAAGUUCAUCCUACCAUUUAGAGCUGGGUCCCAGGCGUGUGGAGUCCAGGAUAUGAGCUUGAGGGUCACUACUGGCGAGACAGAAGCCAAAUACUAGAACUGAAGGGCAUGGUAGGGUACUGAGGAACACCGAACUGCUGGGGGGGCCUGGCCCUUAAACAAGACUGCUAAAGCAGCAGCCAUGAGUGGCUGAGGCAGUCUGAGUUUUAGUGCGGUGCAGUGAGGUUCCCUGGUUGCCUGCCGGCACAAUGAGUCAGGGAGCAGGCCAGCAGCUAUUCCUAACUGGUUGGUACUCUGCAGGCCCACUGACAGGAAGGGGCAAAGGGGGCAAUAGCCCCCGGGCCGGGAGAUUCAAAGGGGCCCAGAGCUCCUGGAUGCUGCUACUGUGGCAGCGGCAGUGGCCAGAGACCCAGGCACCAUUCUGUGUGUCUCGGAGGGCUGGGGGGGAGGAAUGCACUAACGGCUGACUGUUUGAAGCUCUGCCCACAGCCCCACCAUUCUGGGGGCACGGAGCCAGCCCCCCACCUUGCUUUGGGGCCCAUGGUGGCUGUCAGCCCCGCUGGAGCCCUGACAUUCUGAGAGACUGCUCGAGUGCCUGUUUCCAUGCUAGCUAGACUCUGCUCCUGCCUUAGGUGGGUGCCUGGCAUUUCUGGUACCUUGUUACACUUUUUAAUUCUUUCUUCCAAUAACAUGGCUUCCUCCCAUGCCAUUGUGGCUGGACUGGGUUCAUGAUUAUGAAAUGUUCCUUAUUUCUUUUUCUGUUGAGGGCUGGACUGUAGAUACAAUUCUGCUUUGCAGGAUGAAGGUUGCACAAUUAUUGCAACACCUUAUUGGUUCAAGAUGUAGAAUUAGUUGUUUAGCCCUUUGUUUUACCCUGUCUUCAGUAUCUCUCAGUUGUAGGUAAAAUGUGCUGGGAAGACUAGGACUUGGCCUAGCUGUGACUUCUUUCCUACAAUGUAGCCAUUGCAUAGGUUUCAAUGGCAUCAGACUACAUGGGUGUGAUUUUCUUCCCUUCAACUGUUCUAAUAAUGCAGCUCUCAGAAACUACCACAAAUGUAUUGUCUGGGUUAAUAUGAUCACUUAAACUGGUAGAAGCGGAGACCCCUUCUGACAGGUUCUUAUAUUAGCUCUCCUUUCCCCUAAAUAAAAUAAAAGAGCCUUCAC